AUGAAUGUCAGGGUGGAUCUGCGCCUAACGGGCCGUAGCCGAGAUGGCCAAGAUGGCCAAGAUGGCCAAGCCAUGGCCGAUGCUGGGCCUCGUGCGUGGCCACAGCCUGUCUGGACCGAACUAUCCCGUCUUGGCAGGCCCCGCCUACGCAGUCUGGUGGAGUGUUGUGUCGACACCAUGACAACAGCGCCGGAUAAUGUUGAUUUGCAGACGCGUCAGAUCAAAAUCAUGGCAGAGCUCUUCCAGCAAGCUGGUCAGACAGCAGCAUUGGACAGGAUGCUCUUGCAAGAGUGUCUCAAUCGCCUAGCAGCAGCCAUGCAGAAUCAUCAACAAACUGCCGAGCUACACGCCCAAAGCUGCUGUGCUCUGCAUGUUAUGGCCUCGACCUUGGGCGCCAGUCUCACAGGGCUCCAUUUUGGAGAUGUUGUGAGUCAGGUCGUGGAGGCGAUGGAGACAGAAUAUCCGUCCUACGUGCAGAGAUGGUCCGCUCGGGCCCUGAGCAAACUCAGCCCCAUGCUGGACCCGGCUGCGCGUGAGCGCGCCGAAGGCGCUUUGCGUCAGCUCACGGCUCCGAUGCCGGUGGCCUUCCAAUCUUUACAGCGAGCUCUUUCCUCUCAAGGCUUGCGGGCUCCCCCGUGGUCCGUAGCACCUCGAACCCGGCGCUCCCCAGAGCCUCCCUCACCCUCGGGUCUGCAGUCACAUCAGCCCGACCUCCAGCCACGCAGAGACGGCCGCAGGAACUCGAUCGCUGCAUCCGUCGGCAGACUCCUGGGUCUUCGUCUACAAGACGCACCAGAAGGGAUACAGGUUUGCCUCGCCUGUAACAAGAUUUUCGAGGGACUCACAAGUACAAGAAGCGAAGUGAGUGCAGAGUGGCUGACAACGAUUCGCCAGAUUUGCGAUGAAGCGCAGCAGGAUUCACAACAGUCGGAUGUAUGGAAGAUGAGUGUCUUUGGGCUUAUGCCGGCAGAAGCAAUAAAACACUUUCUUCUUCGUGACGACCACAAAAGGUGGAAGAUAAUUGAAGCACACACAGAACACUUUCUCGAUCUUCUGGACGAGCCGGGGACACGAGUCGCCCUUCCAACAGCCCCGCCGCCAGAUACGUCUGAACGGGUGACGCCACCGUUUUCACAUCCCCAUCCGGACCCGGACCGUAAAUGGAGAUCUUUGCGGCCAGUGGUUUUGGAUCAGUCCAUUCGGGAGCCUGCAACGAACACACCUUUUGGGCACACUGGCUACAUGAAAUAUUUGACACUGCGAAUCAUUCGAAAGAUGAAGUUCAACGACAUUGCCAUCACUGGUCAAUAUUACGGGGAGAAGUACACGCCAGAAACGCAAGUGCUCGAAUGGAUCAAAUAUAUGGAUCAAACAAAAUGGGAGAGAGACCGUAACGGCGAGUUGGUCGAAGAUCCAAUGCGUGGUCUGGUAGCAAUGUUCGCACCGGGUGAGCAUGACAGAAAAGCGGGCAUCCAGAGCAUCAAAGACUUCAAGAUUCCGAAUGCUUUCUUGGAUCUGGCCUUCAAAGCCAGUGUUCGCUUCAAAGAUGCAGACUUCGUAAAGUCUGUGAUAGAUGCUGUGGAAGAGCUGGACGAAAUCUAUUCUGGGUGGGGCUGGCAAGCAGAAUGGCGCAGUGAGGAUGCCCACAUCAACAACAAGUUUGCCCGUGGUGAGAUUUCUAUCAACUUAGUGGACCUCAUGGAGUAUUUGAAUCUCAGAGGCGACGGGACCAUGGAGAAGCAGAAGAUGGAGGAUGUGGAGAAAGCUUUCCAAACUUGGAAAGAGAAUGAAGCAUUCCAGCGCCGUGUUGUGGCCAUCUUGGUGGAGGAAGGCCGAGGCGUGGCGGACUAUGAGGAUUAUGGCAUGUUGGUGAGUUGGAUUCGCGGGUCCUUUCCAGUUACAGACAAGUACCGAAUCCUGGUUCACGCCCAUGCUGGAACCAACAACCAUCAGGACGUGGCGAGCCUCAAAGCCGUGAAGCACGGUGCAAACGGGAUUUGGGCAGCUCUGAUCCCUCAGGCGGCCCAGGCGGGCCACAACUCCAGCCUCGUGUUCUUGGACUACCUCCUCCACCACGGCAACGAACACGUCCUGAGCGACUUCUGGCUAUACCAAGCGCUGGAAUGCGCACGUCACAUCUAUUACCUGAACUUCAAUACGCACGAUAUUCCCGACGACUGCCCAAUCUGGGGUGAGCGCGUCAGCAAAGAAACCCACAGCGCCUUCAACGUUCUGCAGGGCGAGACGUGGCGAAGAAGGACCGCCGAUUACUAUGAUUAUUGGGGAGCUGAGGCGAAGAAGGAAAUCAACGAGCUGCCGGAGAAGGUACGCGACGUCCCAAGCGAAGGUGAGGGCCGCGGAAGGUAUCGCAUCUCACCGCUCGUUUCGGAUACCCAGACCUGGGUGAAUCGGAUGGUCGAGGCGAAAGCAGUCGCACCCGACGAGACAGUGAAUGACUACGUGGAUAUGGUGAAAGCACUCGGGUUUGCGUUGAUGAAUGCCGGCAUCCGUGUCAACUUGAACAGGGAAGAGAGCCUCAAAAAGCUGGUCGAUAUCGCCAGAGAGGCCCAGAGGAACAGGCAAAGGACGCGCUGCAAUUGCCGACGAUAUGACGCCCAUGAGCGAAACGAAAGGAUGAGCAGAGAAGGAGGUUGCACGUGCCUCUCUCCCAGCUACCUGAAGGCCGAGCAGCACCAGGGCAGCUGCGAGUAG